CCAUGUUCCAUAGACUGUGGAAAAGUCAGUCACUCAUGACCAUUCGUUGGACCGUCGUCUCGAUGACUUAUAUGAUGCACAGUUGCCGCGGUACCUACGUCAGCUCCUCAGUGAUCGGUCUGCUCCCGAGUAUACUGGACACAGUGAUUUCAGCAAUUCGUGCAUAUGCAGUCAGAAACCGUGGUUUGAUGUGGGCUGCGACAGUGUUCGCGACUAGCAUGUUCGCAGUUAUCGUCAGUGUGUACAACAUAGCUACAACCCAAUUUCAGGUAGUGGAUGUCGAUGGUACCUGGCUCUGCUAUACUAUGGUCCAGACCGAAGGUAGCACAGCUGAAAAAGUGUUCAUUGUUAGUUCAAUGUUCAGCAUACUCUCGCAAGCCAUCGUCGCCGGUCUCACCUGGUCAAGGAUGUUGUUUCUUGUACGACGGCUUGGAAAGGGACAGGCUCGAGUCAACCCAAGAUUAUACGGUAUAUCAUGGUUUUUUCUUCGAGACGGUGCUGUCUAUUUCAUAGCAAUUCUGACUCUACAGCUCGUCAACUGUCUACUCUCGUAUCUUACGGAUGUGUGGUUCUUCGACACUGUCUCUCAAUCGAUUUUGAUAGUCUUAUUGUCGCGGCUCCUGCUCAAUCUCCGGCAGGCCUCUAUCCGAGACGUCAAUCCGGACGAAUCAGGCUCCACAAUCUCCCAUAUGCUGGGUGACCUCACCCACAUAUCAAGCAUCGCCUUCGAACCCCGGCCUGGUGCCGGUGCAGCUGCACACGCUCCCUGCGGUAACACCGAAGAGUAUGAGAUGGACACGAUGAACGAUCUAGGCAAUGACGCCGACGAUACGGAUCAGGCGAAUGUCUACGGCGAUACGGAUAUUCAAGAAGAGCAACGGUAGAAUGGGGAGCUCCUUCAUCCUCCUCGCUCUAUGUGCACAUUCCUGUACGGUACGGGUGUGGAGGUAUAUCACCGCUUCAAAUCAAUGCCGAAAGUAUUUGUUCCUCCUGUGGCUCGGUGCGAUGCCUCACGGGUACAAGCUAGC